GAGGGAAUGGCUACACUUCCCAUAGUCCAAUAUGAAGAAAAGAUCAUUGAAACCGUUGAGCGGAACCCUGUUGUUGUCGUCAUCGGAGAAACCGGUUCCGGCAAGAGCACUCAACUCUCUCAGAUGCUUCACCGCCGCCGUUACGGCAAAAUCGCCGUCACUCAGCCCCGUCGAGUUGCCGCGGUCUCCGUCGCCAGACGAGUUGCACAAGAGCUUGGUGUUAAGCUUGGUGAGGAAGUAGGGUACGCAAUUCGAUUCGAGGACAGGACUUCACACAACACGCGCAUUAAGUACCUUACUGAUGGAGUUCUUCUUCGUGAAAUUCUUGCUAAUCCUGAGUUAAAUGAGUAUUCUGUAAUCAUAUUGGAUGAAGCUCAUGAACGGAGUUUAAACACGGAUAUAUUGAUGGGACUGAUGAAACGCUUGGUUAGAAUACGUUCCUCGGAUCUCAAAGUUUUGAUCACGUCCGCAACACUUGAUGGCGAUAAAGUAUCAAACUUCUUUGCCGAUUGUCCCGUUUUGACCAUUCCAGGAAAAUUGUAUCCGGUUGAGGUUCUUUAUAGCAAGGAGCGUCCCUCUAGCUAUCUUGAGGCUUCCCUGAAAACUGCUCUUGAUAUACAUAUUCAUGACCUGGAAGGGGAUAUUUUAAUAUUCGUGACUGGACAGGAUGACAUAGAGAAGCUGGUAUCUAAGUUAGAAGAUAAAGUACGGGCCCUUGAGGAAGGUUCCUGCAUGGAUGCUAUAAUCCUUCCUCUACAUGGUUCUUUGCCACCUGAAUUGCAGGUGCGUGUAUUUAAUCCACCACCUCCAAAUUGCAGACGAAUUAUUGUUGCAACAAAUAUUGCUGAAACUUCCUUGACUGUUGAUGGUGUAGUGUAUGUUAUUGACUCUGGGUAUGUGAAGCAAAGACAGUAUAAUCCAUCUAGUGGCAUGUAUUCUCUUGAUGUUGUUCAAAUUAGCAAAGUGCAAGCUAAUCAGCGUGCAGGUCGAGCUGGACGAACACGUCCAGGGAAAUGCUAUCGUCUAUACCCUUCCCAACUUUACCAUGAUGAGUUCUUGGAUGUUACAGUUCCUGAAAUUCAGAGAUCUUCGCUUGCAGCUGAGUCCUUACAAGAUGCCUUGAAGCAAUUAUAUCUGAUUGAUUCUAUUGAUGAAAAUGGUGUGAUUACAAGUAUUGGACGGAAAAUGGCUGAGCUUCCGUUAGAGCCUUCCUUAGCAAGAACUUUAAUGGAGGCAAGCGAUUAUGGUUGCAUAUCCGAGGCUUUGACUGUUGCUGCCAUGUUAUCGGCUGAAACAACAUUGCUACCAGGGCAGAGAAAAACUGAUAAAAAGAGGAAACACACAAUAUCUAACCUUCCUGAUGGUUCUGGCUUGGGUGAUCACAUUCAAUUGCUGCAGAUAUAUGAGUGUUGGGAUCAAACUGAUUAUGACAUUGGUUGGUGCAAAGACAAUGGCUUGCAGGUGCGAGGGAUGUUGUUUGUCAAAGAUGUCCGUAAGCAGUUAUCUCAGAUAAUGCAGAAAAUAGCAAAGGGACCACUGGAUGUAAGGGCAAAUGGGAAAAGGGAUGAGUUCCGGCAAGAUUAUCGAAAUUUGAGGAAGGCUUUAUGUGUGGGCUAUGCAAAUCAAUUGGCUGAAAGAAAGAUGCAUCACAAUGGAUAUCGAACUCUGGGUUUCCAAGCUCAAGUAGUUCAGGUAAUAAAUAAAAAGUUUAUAGCCACUAUUGCAUGUCACCAUUACUUUUAGCAGCACUUCUAAUUUAUUUGGUGUUAACAUAUUAUCUCCUUUAAAUUAUUUCCCUUAAAUCCAUUCACUUUUACGGUGAAGUACUGUAGUCCAUAGCUAAGGGUGACAGAACUUGCAGACUCCAAAUAAAAAAGAAGGGGCUAGUGUUACUGAUAACAAAGGCUAUAUGCUCCAAAGUUGUGUGAAUUUCAGAAUUAGUAGUUAGUAUUUAUCAAUUUCAAUUGAAUGCUCGGUUUGUAGAUACCUGGAUGACCUGAAUCUUCUGCAUUAGGUACAUCCAUCCUCUGUGAUGAAUCCUGAUGAGCUGGGGAAGUUCCCAGACUAUGUUGUGUACCAUGAACUAAUUGCAACUCCGCGGCCAUACAUGAGAAAUGUGUGUGCUGUUGAGAUGAGAUGGGUUAUACCCAUUACUAACAAGCUUAAGACCCUAGAUGUGUACAAAUUAAGGUAAACUCCCAAGGUGUUCAAUUAUUUUCUUUAUUAUUAUUAUAUUUUUUGGGGGGUUCUAUGAUCAUUGCUGGCUCUAAUUCCUUUAUCUGAAGCAGUGGGGGUGUUCAUAAUGUUGAGGAGGAAUCUGAGAAAAAUCUUCCACAUUUACCCAAGAAGGAUGUUGAGGUUGCUGGGACUACUGAUGACCGUGAAAGUAGAAUCCAAGCUGCUAGAGAACGGUUUCUUGCUCGUAAAGCCCAGAAAUGAGCACAUAUAGACCUGUGGAGAAUAUCUUGGCUUGUCAGGCAUUUUGUUAAAUGCGCACGUUACCUGAAAGGAUGGAGAGUCGGGAUGAGCUGACAGUCGAGUUUUCCACAUAGUCACAACAUGCUAUAGUGUUAUCUCAGCUUCGUCCUCAUGCAGUGCCUCUCACAAACAUCAGAAAGUUUAGCACAGAAAUCUGAGAUUGGGUCACACACGGAUCUGAUAAUUUGGUUGAGUGGCUGAAUGCAUUUAUACCUUUUACUUGUGCUCUUGGUUAUUGAAAUGUACCCAGAACGGAGAAAGAAGACAAAGGUCUGAUAAUUUGGUUGAGUGGCUGAAUGCAUUUAUACCUUUUACUUGUGCUCUUGGUUAUUGAAAUGUACCCAGAACGGAGAAAGAAGACAAAGGAAGUGGAAGGAAAACGGAGAGGCAAGCCCCCUUGAUUAGUAAAUGAUAAUUGAACAAUUCUGAGGGGUUUUUGAAACGCAAUCGUGGUUACAGACUUGUUUGUUAAUCAGACAGAAAUGAUUACCAUUUACCUAUAAGUUCAAUUACAUCCUUGUUUGAUAUUGAGCCUGUUUAGAUUGAGAUAAUACCUAGCUGAGAUUGCAUUUGAAGUUUAACUUAUAAAACAUGAUAGUAGUGUGUAUGUGAAACAAGAUCGAUCUUUCUCUAAUAGGGCGUCGAUUCUCAAUCUGAUGAUCAAUUCAAGGUGUGUGGACAUCACCUAAACACUGAGUUGAUUAUCUUCAGACAAUGGCAUUCUCUUCGCUAUAUAUUUCAAACUUC